CAAUUCUCGUAAAUAUUAAAUAAUUGAAAAAUGAAUGUUCUAAUUUAAUUUCUAAUUCAAAAUUAAAUUAAUUUCACUAUCCAUAGACAACGUAUUAUUUUGUGACAGUGAACCUUAAGAUAUUAUGUAUGAUAAUUUAAUUCAUUUUUAUUGUCAUGUAUAACUAUUUAAAACGUAUGUCAUUGUUACUCAAGAAUCAUCUUGCAAUAGCGUUGAACAUGUUGAUAGUCGGUUCUUUUUAUCUUUGCAUUAAAUUCCAUUUAAAUUAAUCAAAUUUAUUGAUGAGUAUUUAAAUUUCAUUAUUAGUUUUUUUUUAACAUUCAAUUUUUUUAAGUGUUACUGUUGUUCAACAUUUUGAUUUAAAGUUCAACCAUAAAUGCUCAUUUGUUUGCAUAGGUAAACUAAUUUUUGAUAUUUAGAAUGUAUGAUUCUGUAAAAAAAUUUGUUUCACGACACAAACGUAAAUUAAUAAUCAGUAGUGCGUUAUUUUGUAGUACUGCGUAUGUAGUUUACACUAUCAAAAAAAAAUUAGCCGAAAAAAAAGAUAAAGAAAGUCGAGAAUAUCUAGAACGAACUAGACGUCAACAGCAUUACGAAGCCACAGAAAACACUUCAAACCGUAUGAUAACUGAAUUUGUUAAACAACUUCAUGUUAAAUAUUUUUCAAAAAAUUUACGCAUUGAAAAUAUCAUUGAUAAAUUGAAGAAACAAAAUGAUUUGGCACUUUGGGAAGAGAUGAGAAUAUGCGUUUUUACUAGAGCAUGCUUGCUCGUUUAUGCUGAAACUAUGUUGGUAAUAACAUUAAAAAUUCAACUCAAUUUGCUUGGAGGUCUUGUGUACAAAAGUCUAUCACAAGAUUCACCUCCAAUAUGUUCAAAAACUCAAGAAGAAUAUUUGUUACAUUUUAGUUAUUUUAUUGAAGAUGGUAUUCAACGUUUAGAAGAAUAUUUACAUAACAAAGUUAUUAAGUAUGUACAGCAAGUUCCUAUCCAAGAACAAUAUAAUCUACAAGAAUUGGAAAAACUGUUUUUUCUAAUUCAAACUGAAAUUGCAAGUGAUACAGAUAGUCCUUUUCGAUGUAUAGAUACAUACAUGUUACAUCAAAUGCCACAAGUACGAGAAGCCCUAUUACAAGACAUGGUGAAUGAAACACGGGAACUAUUAAAAAACGAAGAAAUCAUUUCAGUAGCUCGUUAUUGCUCAAGUCAUAGUUUUAAUAAAUUAAUGGAUGCUAUUACUAUUAAUACACCUAAUCGAUCUGUAAAUCUACCUACUACUGUCAAAAUGCCAUUUGCUAAGUGGUUACCAAUUGUUGAUCGAUCAACUAAAGUAACGGAAAACGGAGACUGUAGCUUAAAACAAAAUGUUCACUUGGAUGGAAAAAUCAAAGUGCUCAGUGCAAAUGUGUAUGAAGCAUUUUGUUCUGCAUAAUUUUAUUUAAAGGUUUUUGUUUUUCUUAUUAAAUAUGUUAUUUUAUGACCUUGUUUUGUAACUCGUAUACUCAUAAAUUAUAUAGGUAAUGGGUACCUAUGUAUUUUAUUUACUCAAUUUAUGUUUAAACUUACAAAUGUUAAAUUAUUACAACCAUAAGUAUUUUUGGGAAAUUUGGGAAUUAUUAUAAUGUAAUAACAUUAAUUUAAAAAAUAUAUAUUUUGAAAUAUUGCCAUGUUUUAUAAAAUUUAACUAAGAUCUAUUUACCUGUUAUGUAUGAUAUUAUACUGCAAUAAAAACAUAUUGAGUUUCAUUUA